AUGAUGACUUGUGAAUUCAACGGGGAUGCAGUGCGACCGCUGAGCAGCCAUGGCACUUUAAGAUCCAGUCUUGCAGAUCUCCCCUUGGGCCAGCAGCCUCUUCAGCUUCUUCACAGUACCAUCCUGGAGGACGCCUUCUCCAAAGUCAUCAGAGACGAUUCCAGCAAGGCCAACAGUGAAAACCUGACCAGAGAUGAAGGCAGCGUACCGCAGAAGAAGAGCAAGGACAUUAGCUACCGGCUGGGUCAGAGAAGAGCGCUCUUUGGGAAGCGAAAACAGUUGAGCGACUACGCGUUGGUCUGUGGGAUGUUUGGCAUUAUCGUCAUGGUGAUCGAGACGGAGCUGUCGAGGGGAUUUUACAACAAGGAAUCCAUAUAUUCAUAUGUACUGAAAGGCCUCAUCAGCCUCUCUACUGCCAUUCUUCUUGGACUCAUUAUGAUGUACCAUGCAAGGGAAAUUCAGCUCUUCAUGGUGGACAACGGCGCAGACGACUGGAGGAUAGCUAUAACCUUUGAGCGGAUUCUCUCUGUUGUGUUGGAGCUCCUCAUCUGUGCCGUCCAUCCAAUUCCAGGCCAGUAUGUGUUCACCUGGACUGCUCGGCUGGCCUUCAGCUACACAGAAUCAGAGGCGGACGCGGAUGUCGACAUCAUCUUCUCCGUGCCGAUGUUCCUGCGCCUCUACCUAAUUGGCCGGGUCAUGCUGCUCCACAGCAAGCUGUUCACAGACGCUUCCUCCCGCAGCAUCGGGGCGCUCAACAAGAUCAGCUUUGACACUCGUUUUGUCAUGAAGACUCUGAUGACCAUCUGUCCCGGCACAGUCCUGCUGGUCUUCAGUGUGUCCUGUUGGAUCAUCGCAGCAUGGACCGUGCGUGUAUGUGAGAGGUAUCACGAUGCACAGGAGGUGACCAGUACCUUCCUUGGAGCAAUGUGGCUGAUCUCCAUCACCUUCCUCUCCAUCGGCUAUGGCGACAUGGUCCCUCACACCUACUGUGGGAAGGGGGUGUGCCUGCUCACAGGAAUCAUGGGAGCGGGCUGUACAGCUUUAGUGGUCGCCGUUGUUGCAAGGAAGUCAGAACUCACCAGAGCCGAGAAGCACGUCCAUAACUUCAUGAUGGAUACUCAGCUCUACAAAAAGAUAAAAAAUACAGCAGCCAAUGUGUUGAGGGAGACAUGGCUCAUCUACAAGAACACCAAGCUGGUGAAGAAGAUUGACCAUUCCAGAGUACGCCACCAUCAGCGUAAAUUCCUACAGGCCAUCCACCAACUGCGAACAGUCAAAAUGGAGCAAAGGAAACUGACUGAUCAGGCCAAUACAGUUGCUGACCUUGCCAAGACUCAGAACAUGAUGUAUGAUCUGGUGUUGGACCUGCAGCAUCGUAGCGAGGGGCUGGACAGGAGGGUUGGAGCUCUGGAAGAGAAACUGGACUCCAUCCUUCUCAGUGUGCAGUCGCUGCCCGUUGUGCUUUCUCAAGCAAUAACAAAGCUACAAAAGGAUUUCCUUGAUGACUUGGCUUGUCGUGUCCACUUCCUGUCAUCCUCCCUAAGCUCUGAGUGCUGUUCAGUCCCUGCCAGGCAGCUCUGCCCAGGAUCCACCACACCAGAGACACCAUACAGCUCGUAGGCCACGCUCAGUGGUUUUCCUCUUAGUCUACAACCUUUUCUCAUGCUGGGUAGGAUUUUGUCAACAUGCACACUCGUAGCGCCCUGCUACACAUUCAUAUAGUCACCCCUGGGAGUUACAGCUACUGUCUCAUACUGAGCAGCUCCAAUGAGAAGGGAAGUGCCUCAGUCAGGGGAUUUUAGAGGAAGGGGAGAGCAUUACUCCUUAAUUUCCUUUGCUCAGAGUUUUACAGUUAGUCCAGGGACUGGAUUUUCCCCUUAUAAUUAGACAAAACGACCCUCUUUUGAUCUCACCCCAGAGAUUCAUACAGAAAGAUGACUUGUAAGCUAUGGCUUCAGGUAGAAUUGCAAUAUAACUGUCAUUGUCAAUAAAAUCUAUGAUUAAAACAGCUUACCUAAUGUAGUCUAAUCCAGUUCAUUCACAACCAAUUAAAUAAGUGUGGAAAUAAAUUCAGGACUGCUAUGAGCUCACAGACCUCGU